GUUAAAAAAAUUAAUUGCUGGGCCUCCCGAGUGGCACAAGGCAGUGAUAGCUUUGCCACUAAAGAUUCUGGGUUUGAGUCCAGGCUCUGUCGCAGACGGCCGCGACCGGGAGACCAAUGGGGAGGCGCACAAUUGGCUCAGCAUCGUCUGGGUUAGGUGAGGGUUUGGCCGGCAGGGAUGUCCUUGUCCCAUCGUGUACCAGCAACUCCUGUGGCGGGCCGGGCGCAUUGCACGCUGACACCGUCGCUAGCUCUACGGUGGUUCCGCUGGCUUCCAGGUUUAGUGGGCAUUGUGUCAAGAAGCAGUGCGGCUUGGUUGGGUUGUGGUUCAGAAGAAACGGAAGAAACUACCUCGACCUUUGCCUCUCCCGAGUCCGUACGGGAGUUGCAGCGAUGAGACAGGACUGUUGGGGAGAAAAAGGGGUAAAAUACACAAAAUAAAAUACGACCUGAUGGCAGAGUAUAGGUUCUUAAAUUAAUCUUAAGUUUAUUUUUUUUAACCUUAUUAUCCUAAAAGAUCAUACCUUUUAUUUUUAGAGUGUAGACUAGAGAGUUAGCCAACACAUGUUGAUUCCCCCUUGGACACCAUUGAUGUGUCUAAUUGACUAUAUGUAUGUGUUUAUCUGUAGAAAUACUGACUUCUCAGCUGGAUUUUGUGAACACAAACUGGAGUCCAGAUUUUGAAACCAUCAGAAGACAUGCAGUGGAUGUGACUCUAGACCCUGAUACUGCACAUCGUAACCUCAUCCUGUCUGAUGACGGGAAACAAGUGAGACAUGGAGAACUAAAUCAGGUUCUCUCUGACAACAGGAAGAGGUAUAAAAAUUGGUCCGGUGUCCUCGGAAAUGUGGGCUUCUCAAGGAAGUUCUACUAUGAGGUGAAGGUGGAGGGGAAGACUGAGUGGACUUUGGGAGUGGUCAGAAGGUCCAUCAAUAGGAAUGAGAGGUCUAGACCGAUCCCUUAUAAAGGAUACUGGACUGUGGAGCUGAAGGAUGGAAAGUACACAGCUCACGCUGAUUCCCCUCUCACCCUCUUACUGAGAGAGAAGCCCCUGAAAGUGGGUGUGUUUGUGGAUUAUGAGAAGGGACAGGUAUCCUUCUACAAUGUGGAGGCCAGGUCUCAUAUCUACUCUUUCACACGCUCCAAAUUUUCUAAGAAACUCUAUCCAUUCUUCAACCCUGGUGGUUCAGAUAGUAUUUCACUGGUCGUCUGUCCUGUGGAUGCCACUGACUGACUGUUUUAACCUUUCUGAUCUCCCCAUCCCGGAUCCGGGAUCGUGAA